AUGGAUGAGAUUCGAAGACAUGUAGAGAAUCAAUACUAUACGCUGUAUUGGCAAACAGUCUAUGCGAUGCAAAGAAGGCUUGAAGGUCAAUACAAAGAACCCAUAUUCGGUGAAGAUUUUGAUAGAAGUUAUACAAGGCCUGACAGGAAAUGGGAAAGAGGGGUGAAAGUGAAAAACGAACUCGAAAGUCAGCUUGUUGAAGCUGGUAUUGCAGAAGAACAGCUUGCUAAUGCAUACCCAGAAAAUGGGGUUCCCAUGAAUAUAGCGAAAACUUUAGCGGUUCUGGCUUUGAUGCGUGGGAUAAGCAAUCCCGAUGCACCCCUGCCUUAUCCAUUCUCUGAUGAGGUAAGAGCUAUACAAGUAGAUUUGUUGGCGAGUAUAAGAAUUAUAGGUCACCGCGAGAAGAUAGGCACUCGUAUUGAAGAGGAGCUGCGAAACCUCUUAGAUCCUGAAUAUGAUGUGACAUGUUUCAAAAGAAAGCUAAUAAGAUGGUUGAUAGAUUAUUUAAUGGAAUGCAGUGAGAUAGGUCGAAUCUCAGAAUCCCUAAAAACGGCCAUCUCAAUCAUUACCAACCCAGAAAAUCAACCAGUUCCCCGGAGGAGAAGAACAUCAAAUGAUAAAAUGAAAGGACGUGGCCAGAAGGCCAAAAAGCCCGUAAAGUCGAGGAACAAAAUGAAAGAAGUGCUACGAAGAAUAAGUAAAAAAGACACCGUAGAUGUCCCUAGUGUUGAAGAGAUCACAGAAGAGUCAAAGAAAGCUAAAAGGCCUAAGAAACUAUUGAAAAAAUCAAAGAAAAAAGUUGAGGAAGAGCAACGUAACAGUGUGAAUUACGAAGCGGAUGAUAAGUCUAAGGAAGAAGAGCAGAUUGAUGUUGUUCCAGUCAGCGACGACGACGAAGACUACUACGACAAUCUACCGAUCAGCCAAACUUUUAGGAUUAACAGCAAACCAAAGAAAAGUGAACCCGAAGAUGGAUCACCAGGAGAUGACGACGACGACGACACACCCAUCAAUGUACUUUUUAAGAUUAAAAAUAGGCCAAAGAAAAGGGAACGCGAAGACGAUUUAUCAGAUAGUGACGACGAUGAUGUACCCAUCGGGAAAGUUUUGAAGAUUAAUUAA